GGCGCGCGCGUCACCACUGCGUCCAUCGACUCUUGUAUUCUCCGUUCAAAUCACUAGACCUCUUCAUAUAUAACACCACCUGGCCAGCCUUCAGUCACACACACACACUCACCGCACGCCUAGCCAUAGCCCAUAGCUGACUGAACACGCCGGCCGGCGCCCUGAUGGAGCAAGCAACGUACUACUACCUCUUCCUGGCCCUCCUCCUCCCUCUCCUUCUGAAGCUGCUGACCAAGAAGAACGACGGCAACAAGCGUCUGCGGCUGCCGCCGGGCCCGUGGCGGCUGCCGGUGAUCGGCAGCAUGCACCACCUGGCCAAGGACCCUCUGACGCACCGCGUGAUGGCGGACCUGGCGCGGCGGCUGGACGCGCCGCUCAUGUACCUGAAGCUGGGCGAGGUCCCCGUGAUCGUGGCCACGUCGCCGGAGGCCGCCCGCGACGUGAUGCGCACCCACGACGUGCUCCUGGCGACGCGGCCAUGGAGCCCCACGAUCAAGAUCAUGAUGGCCGACGGCCAGGGCCUCGUCUUCGCCCGCUACGGCGCCGCCUGGAGGCAGAUCCGCAAGAUCUGCAUCCUGGAGCUCCUCAGCGCCCGCCGCGUCGCCUCCUUCCGCGCCGUCCGGGAGGACGAGGCGUCCCGCCUCGUGUCCGCCGUGUCCGCGGACGCCGCCGUGAAGGCGUCGGUGAACGUGAGCGAGCGGAUCGCGGUGCUGAUCACGGACUCGGCGGUGCGCGCCAUGAUUGGGGACAGGUUCGAGCGGCGGGAGGAGUUCCUGCAGGCGCUCGAGGAAGGGCUCAAGAUCGUCACCGGGUUCAGCCUCGGCGACCUCUUCCCGUCGUCCCGGCUCGCGGGCCUCGUCGGCGGCACCGCCAGGCUCGCCAGGGAGAACCACCGCAAGUGCUCUGAGCUCAUGGACUACGCCAUCAAGCAGCACGAGGACCGGAUCAAGGCGAACGCCAACGGCGCCGGGGACGGCGGAGGAGAAGAGGACCUUGUUGGCGUGCUCUUGAGGAUACAGAAGGAAGGCGGCCUCGACGAGCCCCUCACCAUGGGGAUGAUCAAAGCCGUCAUCCUCGACCUGUUCAGCGCCGGGAGCGAGACGUCGGCGACGACGCUGCAGUGGGCGAUGUCGGAGCUGAUGAGGAACCCGGAGGUGAUGCGUAAAGCGCAAGCCGAAGUACGCGACAAGCUGCAAGGGAAGCCCAAGGUAACGGAGGACGACCUGGGGGAGCUCAAGUACAUGAGGCUGGUGAUCAAGGAGACGCUGCGGCUGCACCCGGCGGCGCCGCUGCUCAUCCCGAGGGAGGCCAUGGAGCAGUGCCAGAUCCUCGGCUACGACGUGCCCAAGGGCGCCACCGUGAUGGUGAACGCGUGGGCGAUCGGCAGGGACCCCAAGCACUGGGAGGAGCCCGAGGACUUCAGGCCGGAGAGGUUCGAGUCGGGGCUGGUGGACUUCAAGGGGACGGAUUUCCAGUACGUGCCGUUCGGGGCUGGCCGGAGGAUGUGCCCCGGGAUGGCGUUCGCGCAGGCGAGCAUGGAGAUCGUGCUCGCCGCGCUGCUGUACCAUUUUGACUGGGAGCUCCCCGGUGGCGCCAAGCCGGCGGAGCUGGACAUGACGGAGGAGAUGGGGAUCACCGUCCGCCGGAAGCACGACCUGUGCCUGAACGCCGUCGUCCGCGUGCCACCGGCUUGUUGAUUUGCGGUUUGGAAAAGAAUUCUGAUGUAGUACAUGGAUAAUGCAUUUUCCUUUGAUGUUGCGGAACUGGAUACCCGCCACAACCACAAAUGACGCUAGUCAAAACGUCAAAUCUUACCACUGAACUGGAAAGAAGGAUUCAUCAAGACUACUGUUAAUACA